AUGGAGACCCAACAAAAGAAAGUAACUUUCCACAAUAGAGUAAAACGCCGAUUCGUCGAGCGUGUGCCUAGAAAGGAACGUUCCAAUCUAUGGUACAGCAAGUCGGAAUACGCGGAAGCUCGAGAACGAGAACGUGUGCUUCGAAGCUCCAUCAGCCAUCAAGACUAUUCAGAAAUUGCCUACAGCUUGAGUGUUGUCGGAAUCGUGACAAGGGAACAAAUGGCCAUGAAAAGUAUCAUGGUCGACAAUUCGAUAAAAGCUGUUCUUGAUGAACAAGAAAAACAGGAGGAUGAGGCCAAUGAGUACAACGAUGACCCCGACACAACAUCUGAACUCGACCACGAAGAAAUCGCACAAGAAUACUAUUUACACUCGACAGUCUCCUUGACACAAGCCCAAAACAGAGCCCGAUGCCUUGCACAACACGUGAAGGACAUUGAAUCACAGCAAAAGGACGAAGAAUCACUGGCGACCCCACCACCACCACCACCACCACCACGCCGACAAGUUUCUUCCAACAAUAGGAGCACCAGAUCAUCGAGACGAUCCCCUCCACCAUUGGGCAAAAACAAAAUGGCACUAGUUCGACGUCGAACGCAAUACGGGCGACCAUCCGUGGACGUUCCGCAAGUGGUGAAAUGCACCACCCCCGCUGCCUAA